UAUAUACUAUCCGCCAACCCAGUUCAGACCUCUAACCUAGUUUACGGCUGCCCUGAAAGUGGUGGAGCGAAGAAGUGAAGCAACAGGUUCAUAUGGCUUCUGCUGUACCACGCUUGGAAUCAUUAGAACAGUUAGAGGAUGUUGGUCAACAGUUCAUAUUGGUUCGGGCUAAUGAAGCAGUGGAGAACGGUUUGAGGUGUGGCAAAGUUCUCAAUGACGGGAGGGCUAAGAAACAUGUCAAGUGUCCACAUAACUGUGUGCUAGGCGUUUUAUUUUCUAAUGAAAAUGGAGAAAGACCUUACUGUAUUCAUCAAGGAUGGAGGAUGACCUUAAAGAUGUGUUAGAAAUUUUGGGGCCUCGUAAGGUUUGGGAAUUGGAUGGUGUAUGCAAAUUUUAUAAGCUGGAAGCGGAUCGUCUAAUAAUGCUUAGAAAUCUAUUGGAAGGUGUAAUCUACUGCAUCGAACAAGGUCUUUGGGUACGAGAAUUGACUACCGAGAUGAUUGUGUUUUUAGAUGACGAUCCAACAUUUUUAAGGCCUAAGAUCAUCGACUGUAUGUUGUCUGCUGCCCCUGUUGGAAAGGCAUGGGGGAAGACUGCGGAACUAAUGGGACUUCAUGAUAUCAUUAAAGAUCAACUGACCUUUGGCAGACCAGAUAUCGUGCAUGAGAAUCCCGAUUUUAAUUCAUUUAUGACAUGUUUGAGGAAUAAUUGUGCUGCCCCUUUGGCUGGGAAGGAUGCUAGUGGAAAUUGCAGAGAGUGUGGAUUGCUUAUGCAUCCACUCUUUCUGAAUGAUGAACAGUAUGCAACUUAUGUUGAAACUGUCUACAACCAGAUGCAUGGUAAAGGCAGAUUUCAACGUUAUUCUUUAAAGAGCCAUAGAAUUCUCUGAGGAUGAUCUUCAGCUGGAUAAUAGAAGGGCCGGUACCGACUUGCAUAACUGGAAGUCCAUAAUGAAUAGGGCGUCGUGGCAUCCCAUACGCAAUUCAUAUUCUGAAAGACAUUGGCACUACACAACAGAAGUUUAUCACCUUGUUUGUUUUUUACGUGGUGCGAUGGUACACAUCAAUGACAAUAUAAAAUCUAUGGAAGAUGCUGUUUACAGAUAUGAAUUUGGCAAAUUUCUGAAGGAAAAUUUGCCGAAGUAGGUUCCUUACUUAUUCGAAGUCUAUGGCCCUUGUGGAAGAAGUGCUUAGGGUGGAUACUGAAGUGUAGGUUAACUGUCAGUUUUUUGUUGUCUAUGUCUCAAGUCUAGGUUAACUGUCAGUGGCAAUUUUUUCGUCAUCUGUCUCUGAUAUGACAAAUGUGAUAGAGACUUUUAGUAGAGCUGAUUAUGUGACGGGCAAGAAUAGGAACAUUUCUUUUCAAAGUUGGAAUUGUUGCCAAGGGUCCAUCUCAUCAAAGACUGGCCUGAUAAGUAAAUAUUUCAAAGAUAUCUAUAUACCUGCUUAUGUUCAAGUAUUAUCCAGUAGUGUAUGUUUGCGUAUAUUUUCAUGAA